UUGCCCGGGUAUACACAUUAUAAAUGACCCCACUUGCUUCACACAUAAAUACGAACGAGACAUGCAAAUUUACAAACAUAGUCUUUCUCUAAAUUAAAUGUUGUUUGUCUCCUAGUUAGCGGCGAUGCUCAAAUAGCUAGGGAUAUCUUCAUCACUCAUAAAUUAAACCAAUUACAACUACAUUUCUCCCACCCUAUUGUAUAUUAAUCUAACUAACCAUGGUGGCCGCAACCAACGAGUCGGGCACCGGCUCCUUCGCGGCCCAAGUGAUCACGGGGCGAUGGUUCAUGGUAUUCGCCACCACCCUGAUCAUGGCCGCGGCCGGGGCCACCUACAUGUUCGGUCUGUAUUCUCCAGAGAUCAAAAAAUCUCUGGGGUACGACCAGACCACCCUCAACCUCCUCUCCUUCUUCAAGGACUUCGGCUCCAAUGUCGGGGUCCUGGCGGGGCUCAUCAACGAGGUGACCCCGCCGUGGGUGGUCCUAUCCAUCGGCUCCGUCCUCAACCUCUUCGGCUACGUCAUGAUAUGGCUAGCCGUCACCCGACGCAUCGCCCGCCCCCAGGUCUGGCACAUGUGCCUCUACAUCUGCAUCGGCGCCAACUCGCAGUCCUUCGCCAACACCGGCGCCCUCGUCACCGCCGUGAAGAACUUCCCCGAGUCCCGGGGGGCCGUCCUCGGCCUCCUCAAGGGGUUUGUCGGGCUGAGCGGCGCCAUCAUCACGCAGAUCUACAACGCCGUGUACCACAACGACCCUCGCGCCCUCAUCCUCCUCAUCGGGUGGCUCCCCGCCGCCAUCUCCUUCGUCUUCCUCCGCACCAUCCGCAUCAUCAAGAUCGUCCGCAUCCCUCACGAGCUCAAGGUCUUCUACAAGUUCCUCUACGUCUCCCUCGGCCUCGCCGGAUUCCUCAUGAUCCUCAUCAUCCUCCAGAAGCAGCUCAACUUCACGCGCACCGAAUUCAUCAUCGGCGCCGCCACCGUCAUCUGCUUGAUCUUCCUCCCAAUGGUCAUCGUCAUCAAGGAAGAACUCUACAUCACCCAGAAGAAAAAGCUAGAUUCAAUAUCCAACCCUCCUCAUCAACAAGUCCAAAUCGUCGCGGAGAAACCGCCGCCGCCGCCGCUGCCGGCGGCGGCGCCGCCGCAAAAUGAAGAAAUGUCAUGCUGGAACCCUAAAAGCAUGUUUCAUCCACCGCCUCGAGGCGAUGACUACACAAUCCUUCAAGCUCUCUUCAGCUUGGACAUGCUUAUCCUAUUUUUCGCGACGAUCUGCGGCGUUGGCGGAACCCUAACCGCCAUUGACAACCUGGGGCAAAUUGGGGCUUCGCUAAAUUAUCCGAAAAAGAGUAUUAGCACAUUCGUAUCGCUUGUAAGUAUAUGGAAUUAUCUUGGUAGAGUAGUUUCGGGGUUCGGAUCGGAGCAUUUCCUGAAAAAGUAUAAAAUCCCGCGGCCGUUGAUUCUCACUCUAACCCUAGCGAUUUCAUGCAUCGGGCAUUUGCUGAUCGCCUUCGACGUUCCAAACGGGAUGUACGUGGCGUCGGUGAUUAUCGGAUUCUGCUUCGGGGCGCAGUGGCCGCUGCUGUUCGCGAUCAUAUCGGAGCUGUUCGGGCUCAAAUACUACUCCACGCUUUACAAUUUCGGGUCGGUGGCGAGCCCGAUCGGGCUGUAUUUGCUGAACGUGAAGCUGACGGGGCACUUGUAUGAUAAGGAGGCGCUGAAGCAGCUGCGGGCCAAGAACCUGACUCGGGUUGAGGGGGAGGAGUUGGAUUGUAAUGGGGCGGUGUGCUUUAAGUUGGCGUUUUUGGUCAUUGCGGCGGCGACGGCGUUCGGCGCGGUGGUUUCGCUGCUUUUGGUGGUGAGGACGAGGAGGUUUUAUAAGAGUGAUAUUUAUAAGAAGUUCCGGGAGGAGGCGGAGGCGGCGGCCGCCGCCGAGGGGGAGAUGGCGGUGAUCCCCGCCGCCGGGAAUGGGAACGGCCACGCGCAGAGUAGCGUUAUUUCCAAGUAGUCUAUGUGUGUGUGUGUGUGUGUUGUGUGCGUGUGACAGAGAAAGAGAGAGAUAUAGUUUGGUGUAAUGAUAGAGAAAGUAUAUAGAAAUAUAGGGUUGAGAAAGAUUUCGAAAAGAUUAUUUGUUCGCCCAAAAUGAAAUUUGAUUUUUGCACUUUCA